CGUCAGCGGCAAGUUUGUUUACGUUUGUGCAACACGUGUUUUUAUUAACUUUUCUUAAUAAAUAUUUGUAUAAUUAAAAGAAAAGUGUGACAAAUGAGUUCAAGCAAGCUACCACCUUUGACCUACAAGGUUGUGGCUGAGUGCUCCGUGUCAAAAGCCCGCGCGGGCCUAAUGACUCUGAGGCACAGCGAAGUGCGCACACCUGUAUUUAUGCCUGUGGGCACGCAGGGCACCAUGAAGGGUGUACUGCCAGAUCAGCUAAUCGAACUGGAUUGCCAAAUAUUGUUGGGAAACACUUAUCAUCUAGGUCUGCGACCCGGAAUUGAGACAUUGAAAAAAGCUGGCGGACUUCACAAAUUUAUGUCGUGGCCAAGAGCAAUCCUGACAGAUUCUGGUGGCUUUCAAAUGGUCUCGUUGCUGCAGCUGGCGGAGAUCGAUGAGCAUGGCGUUAACUUUCGUUCGCCAUUCGACAAUAGCGAAUGCAUGCUAACCCCGGAACAUUCGAUCCAAAUCCAGAAUGCAAUUGGAGCGGAUAUUAUGAUGCAGCUGGAUGAUGUGGUAAAGACGACGACAACGGGUCCGAGAGUUGAGGAGGCCAUGGAACGCACCAUACGCUGGGUGGAUCGCUGCAUUAAAGCGCAUGCACGCGAUGAUGAGCAAUCCCUGUUUCCCAUUGUGCAGGGAGGAUUGGAGAUUCCUUUGCGAGAGCGCUGUGUCUCUGCCUUGAUGGAAAAGCAGGUGCGCGGCUUUGCAGUGGGCGGUUUGAGUGGUGGCGAGAGCAAGCACGACUUUUGGCGCAUGGUGCACGUCUGCACGGAUCAUUUGCCAAGGGAUAAGCCACGUUAUCUGAUGGGCGUGGGCUUUGCCGCGGACUUGGUCGUUUGUGUUGCUCUUGGCAUAGAUAUGUUCGAUUGCGUCUUUCCCACUCGCACAGCUCGCUUUGGGUGCGCCUUAGUCGACAGCGGACAGAUGAAUCUGAAACAUCAGAAAUAUAAGCAUGAUAUGGAACCUAUUGAUAAACAAUGCAAUUGCAACACUUGCAAGAGAUAUACCCGUUCCUACCUGCAUCACAUCGCAACCAACGAGUCCGUCUCCUGCUCCCUGCUCAGCGUUCACAAUGUGGCCUAUCAGCUGCGCUUGAUGCGCUCUAUGCGGGAGGCGGUGCUAGUGGAUGCCUUUCCACAAUUCGUGAAAGAUUUCAUGGCUCGACAUUUUGGCAGCGACCCGAUUCCCAGUUGGAUUCGAGAGGCUUUAUCUGCGGUUAACAUUGAAUUGCCGCCUGAUGCGAGUGAGGACCAAGCAGUAAACAGCUGAUUGCCAAAAUAAGCUAAAACUAAUAGACGCUGACUUAUAUGCGUACUAUAUACAUAUAUAUAAAAAACCUGUAUUUAUCUAUUGAUUUAACAAAAUACCAAUUGAGUUUAUAUUGACAAACAUGCAAAUGUACUUAUCUAAAAAUAUCG